GAGAUUCCUCCACAGAUUUCCGUCGCAUCUACACGCGAACCGACAUCAAUCCUAAAACGUAAUUAAAUUAUUUUUUAGCACUGAUAUAACUUUUAAAAGUUGUACAGGAAAAACGUAAGCUGAUGAUAAUGAAUACAUACAUUGUCGCGUCUGACCGCAACAUGAAAUCAUCAGUGUAUUUGAAUGUAACAAGAUAAAUCUCCAUUUGCUACAUUACUGUACCGGAAUUGCUAUUGUGAAGUGUUUUUAAGUGGCAAAUAUAUUAAGUGGCGAGAUAACAUGGCGCCGUUGUCGCUGAAGAUUAUAUUGGACGAGGGCGCGGUCACUCGGACCGUUAAGUUUGAUUCCUCCACCAAAGUGAAGGAGGCGCAGGCUAUCAUCAAAGAGAAGGUGCUAACCGCUGACGAUGGGAAAGAGUACGCGUUGUUCCUGACAUCGGCGGAUGACGAGCGGUCGGGCAUCUGGCUGGACCCGCACCGGCCGCUUGAUUACUACAUGCUGCGAGACGGUGACUCGCUGCUCUACCUGCAGCGGACAAGGAACCUGCGCGUGAGGAUGCUUGACGGAUCCUUGAAGACUUUGCAGGUAGAUGAAUCGAAGAACAUUGGCGAGCUGAUGGUUUUUAUCUGCGGGAGGAUUGGCAUUACCAACCACGAUGAAUACGGCUUGUGUCAAGAAGAGAGUAUGGAGUCUGAGGAGAAGGAUGGGAAGCCGGCGACGGGAACGUUGACGUUGAAGAGGAAAACCCAACAGCGCGAGCGAGAUGCCAAGAUGGAACAACUCAGCAAGAAACUCAAAACUGACGACAACGUGGAGUGGCUGGAUCAACAUAAAACGCUGCGAGAAAUGGGUGUAGAUCCAAAAGAGACUCUACUACUGAAGAGGCGGUUAUUUUACUCGGACCGGAAUGUUGACUCUAGAGAUCCGGUGCAACUGAACCUACUUUACGUCCAAACCAGGGAUGCUAUUCUGAACGGACGUCAUCCGGUUACUGAGGAUCAAGCUCUGGAGUUCGCUGCCAUACAAUGUCAAAUUCAUUUUGGUGAUUUUCAAGAAGAUAAACAUAAACCAGGAUUGAUUGAGAACUUGAAUGAGUAUCUUCCUGAGCAAUAUUCAAGUUCGUGGGGGGCCGAGAAGAAGAUUUUGAAACUGUACCGCAAGCAUCCUGGACUCAGCCAGCUGGAAGCUAAACAUCUUUACACUAAGACCGCAAGAGAAUUGCCAACAUAUGGUGUCACCUUCUUUCUUGUCAAGGAAAAGCAAAAAGGCAAGCAGAAGAUGGUACCUCGUCUGUUAGGCAUCAAUUCUGAGGCCAUUCUACGACUUGAUGAGGUCACGAAGGAGAUCAUUCAGACAUGGCCACUGACUCACGUGAAGACCUACCGUGCCGGCAACAAAGACACCUUCACCCUCAACUUCGGAGACUACAGUGAUAAAGAAUACUGCGUGAAAACACACGAUGCGCUCCGAAUUCGCGACAUCUUAGAGGGCUACAUUGACAUAAUACGUAAGCGGCUGUGCGGCCCUUACAGCUCGCAUCAUGCGGAAAGUGGUACUAUCGCGUCAGAUAGCGUGCAUGCUUCCAGGGGCAACACAAUUACUCACGUGGUUAACACUGCUAGUAAAGUAGUCGAGCAGUCGUUUGUGGGACCUAGCAGUAUACUGCCCUUUGAACAAGGCUCGCAGAGUACGCAGGGCACGCAAAUCAUGACGGUGAAGCAACUCAUUGUUACCAAUAAAGGCUCUGUACAGCAGCAGGCGGUGUCCGGAGAAGUACCCAUGCGCACCGACAUGUCUUUGGAACUGACAAAAAAACUAAAUCGUAUGAAUUCAAAUGCGGUUAAAAUAGUUACUCUGCUUAGUGAUCCAACUGAAGCUAACAUUGAAGAAGUUGGAAAUGUAAUAAAAACAAUGGAGGAAGACAUGUCGAUUAUACAAAAUGGCGUAACGGAAUGCGCCGAUAAUCAAAAAUCCGAAGAAGUUAGAAAAAAGCUGCUGGAUGAACUCGAUGAGAUGAAAAAUCUAUUAUCCAACGCCUCGCAAAAUUUGAACAGUCAGAAUGUGGACCUUGAAAAAGUGCAGGAAGGUGCUCGACGAAUCGCAGACCUCACUACGCAGAUGUACUUCUCGCUAGACCCUAGAACACAGCGACGUAGUGAAUUUUUACGGCGUUCACGGCAGAGUUUCAUUCAAGAGGAGGAAACUGAAGCCACACUUCGCCGAGCUUCGUUUAUCGUAGCUGCGGCCGCCGCCUCCCACGCCGUAGAUACAGCGAUCGAAACCAUCGAAGCGGAAUACGAAGGACCAGCGCAGUUGAGUGAUCGCGAACUCCAGCAGCUAGAGACUGCCGCAGUCGAUAAGUUGGGGAAACUCAACGCGGCUGUCGCUCUUUUCCUGUCAGCACAUUCGGAUCCUAAAAGUAUAGAUUAUCCAGCAGCAGUCAAUUCUAUGAACACCAUCAAAGAACUUUUACCUGCAUUGGCGGCUGAUGCUAAAACUCUGAGCGAAGCUAAAGACGACGAUUCUCGGAGGGAGUUGAUAAACGAAAUAAAGAAUCUGUGCGCCGCGGCCCGCAAAGUGUGCAUGCUUACUGGCUGUGAUGACCGCGAGAAACUUCAAGAAGCGGCUAACGGUUAUGCUGAUGUAUCCGGACGACUUGUCUAUGUAUUUGGAACUGGAAAUCCUAGAGUGAGCGCUGAUAAAGAAAAUGAGAUAAUGGAGCUGGCUGAAGACGUAGGUCGCAAGACAACAUUGCUGCUGGUGCAGGCUAAUGAGUUGACAGAGGCGGCAGGCGCGGCGGGCGCUGCGGAUGAGGCCGCACGGGUGGACGCCGCCGGGGUCGCCUGCGCCGACGCCGCACGCGACCUGUUGGCCAUAGCACAGGUGUCAGCGCCGACGAUCCACGAGGCGCACUGCCAGAGCGCGGUGUCGGCGGCGGCCGAGGCGCUGGGCAGCAGCGCGCAGAGCCUGGCCGCGGCCUGGCGCCCGCUGCUGGAGCCGCCGCACGCACACGCAGCCAGGAAGCCCGCGCUCACCGCCGCCGCGCUCAACCUCGCCAGGGCGCUCGACAACUUGAAGAGCGCUUAUGCUAACCUAGAAAGUGGUGACGUGGGUAAUGGACAAGCGAACGUAGAAGUAUCGCCGGAACGGGUGGCGAGGCUGCGCUAUAUCACCGGUGUGAAUAACUCGCGGGAAACUAUGCGGGCCGCUCAAGAUGAUCUUAACAAGCCUAUCAUUCCUACAACCUUAACUGAUGGUCAAAUAAAUGGACUACAUGACAAUAUCGCUCAGAAAAUGGCUCAAAUUAAUGCCGCUGUCGCUUCACUGCUACAGGCGAAAUCUGAUCCACAAAACCCAGAUCACGCUACAGCAGAACUUGCUAUCGCCACCAUAGCAGAGUUGAUGCCUGAAGUCGUAAAAGACUCGAAGGCGGUGAUAUCGACGUGCAACGAUGACAGAGUUCGUCAGGUGAUGCUGAAGGAUAUUCGACAAUGGUGCAACGGAAUUGAUGAUGUUUGCGCCAGUUCUGUGUCUGAAGAUCCCAAGGAACUGGAUGACGCAGCGAAGCGAUUUGCGCAAGCUUCAAAGAAAUUAUCCUUCGUUUUUAGUCCCCGUGCUAGAAAAGCGAGGGAACAAUUGAUGCUGGAGUUAUUCGAGUCCGCGCACAAGCAAGCGAUGCGAAUGGCGGAGGAUACCAACAAGAUGGCGGACAGCAUUGGAGGCGCUAACGGUGGCCGCCUGCGAGACCUCUCCAAUUCCGUCCAAGACUCGGCGCGGACGCUACACAAUACUCUUAUGGUGACCGGAGCCACCCUGGACGAAGCACGAUGCCGCGCGACUCUUGCAUCGAGCAGCGCCCAGUUACAAGCAGCGACGGCGCAGCUGGCGGCGGCGGCGGCCGACCUGCAGGACGACGAGACGGGGUGCCGCGUGCUGGCCGCGCAGCUGCACCGCCAGCGGGCAGCGCUCGCCACACAGGCCGGCGAUCUGCAACGGGCACUUGCUGAUAUCACCGCCACCCUUGAGGACUCCACCACUGUCGACAAUGAGUACACCGAAAAUCCAGAACAGAAGGCCAAGCGCCUCAAAUUCAUCACUAGUGCAUCCGCAAUACGUAAUAAGGCACAAGAAGCUGAACAACUUCUCGAUAAGCCCCUUACGGAUGUAAAACUAAAUGAUGAACAAGCUAGAGAACUGGAAGAAAAAUUAUCUCAGAAUCUAGCUAUUGUUAAUAGUGCCAUUGCUGCUCUUAUACAAUCUAAAACAGAUCGACAAAAUCCCAACUAUGAUGUUGCAAAACAAGCUAUUGAAACGGUAUCUGACUUGAUUCCUGGCAUUAUAACUGAUUCGAACGCUUUGAGUGCAUCAUGCAAAGACGAGGCAAGUCGGCAAGCAAUGUUGAAGGACAUUCACAAGUGGUGCGACGCCAUUCGAGCCGUCUGCGAUAGUGCCGGAAGUCACGAUCUCGCGGAAUUUGUUAGUUCGGCACAACAGUUUGCAGUUUCUUCUAACAGAUUGAAUUUUGUAUUUAAACCCCGGAAAAUUUCACCCAAGGAGCAGCAGGUACUGCAGCUGUCAGCAGCAGCGGUGGAAGCGGCGAAGCAGAUGUCGGACUGCACGCGCAUCACAGCCACCGCGCUGCCCGCACUGCCUGCUGCUCAGCUGCGAGUGCGUGCCACCACGCUCGAUGACGCGGCAAGCGCUCUGCAUACUACUGCACAGUUGACAGCACUAACCACGUCCGAUCCACGCAGUCAAACUGCGUUGCUCGUCACAAGCGACGCCCUAGUGAAUACCGCCGGCGAGCUGGUCUCGGAGACGAGGACACACGAUGACGCGCACUGCCGAGACCUCAUAUUGCAGCUUGAGAAGCAGAAACAGGAGCUCGAAAAAGCGGUUCAAGGAAUCAGGAACACUUGUCAGGAUGAAGCUUCUGUUGAAAGUCCAGCGAGAAAGGAACAACGUCUAAAAUUCGUAGCCAGUGUGUCAAACACUCAGGACAAACUAAAGUUGGCCGAGAGACUGUUGGAUCAGCCUUCUCACGGAGAUGCCCUGACCGAGCAGCAGACUAAAGACGUCCAAGGGAGACUGUCGCACGCAGUCGCUCAGGUCAACGCUGCUGUGGCCGCCAUCAUUGUCGCUAAAUCCGACCCUCGCAACCCUAACUACAGCGCCGCUGACCACUCUUUAAGCAAUAUAUCUGAAUUGAUGCCUCUAAUAGUCAAUGAUACGAAAGCUUUGAGUGGAUCAUGUAAAGACGAGGCAAGUCGACAAGCUAUGGCAAAAGAUAUGCGCACUUGGUGCGAUGCUAUUAAGGGCGUGUGCGACAGCGCCGUGCAAGAGGACCCGAAAGAACUGGACAAGGCAGCCCAAAAAUUCGUGUCUGCAACAAAUAGGUUGCAAUUCGCUGUUAGCUCACGUAGAGACCCUGCCAAGGAGCGAGAGGUGUUGCGCGUGUCGAGCUCUGCAUGCGAACAGGCGCUGCAGCUGGCGGAGGAGGCUCGCGCCGCGCUGCCCGCGCCCGCCGCCGCGCUCUCCAACGCCGCCCGAGCGCUUCACACCACUGCACAGCUGACAGCGCCUACGAUACACGAGCGAGAGAGCAAGCGCGUGCUAGCUUGCGGCGCAGACAUUGUGGCAUCAGCUGCAGCGACCCUGACAGAGGAGGCACAGCGCUCGCAUGAGCCCGGCGUCAAGAUACUGGGAGAGAGGUUGCGCGCCGGGCAGCUGCAACUCGACGACACGCUGCUGCAGCUCGACGACGUCGCCGCCGAUAAGCGAGUUUCCAUUGGUACUUUAACAACUCAACGGGCUAGAUUCGUCAGUAGUGCGUCUGCCGCUCAGAAAAAAGCUAAAGAGGCUGAGAGAAAUCUAGACCAGCCUGCUAGUGCUAUUAAACUAAGCACCCAAGAAACGAAGGACGUCCAAGAAAAACUUAAUAAAGCAAUAGUUCAAGUGAACGUUGCGUUAGCAGCACUCAUCAAUGCUAAGUCCGACCCGCAAAAUCCAGACUACAUCACAGCAGAAAGAUCUCUUGAUACUAUUUCGGAGCUAGUGCCUGAAAUUAUUAAAGAUACAAAGGAUCUCAGUACAACUUGCAGCAAUGAAGAGGCUCGACAAGCUAUGCUGAUGGGUAUUCGAGCUUGGUGCGAUGCUAUACACGCUGUCUGUGCUAGCGCUGGACACGACGAUACCAAAGAUUUAAACGACUCCGCCCUUAAACUGUCAAACGCUUCUCAAAAAAUUCGUUUCAUAUUCAGCGCUCGUCAAAAUCCUGUGAAAGAACAACAAAUCCUGCAGUUGUGUAACUCCGCAUGCGACAAGGCGAAGCAGAUGUCAGCGGAGACGCAGCGCGUGGCGCGCGUGGUGGCCGGCGCUGAUGGACAGGCUCUGGAUGAGCGAGCUGCCGCGCUUGCUGCCGCCGCGCAUAGUCUGCAUACUACCGCUCAGCUGACAGUAGCAAAUAUACAGGAGCCAGGCAGUCAAGCAGCGAUGCUUUUGUCAGCGGAGGGUGUGGGGUCGUCGGCGCGCGCGCUGUCGCGGCAGACGUCCCGCGUGCAGCACCCGGAGGCGCGCCGCCUGGCGGAGGAAGUCACGCGCUACCGGGACAUACUCGACAGAGCCCUGCUCUCGCUCGCUGACAAAGUCAAGACCGAAGACAAACGGACAAAGCCUUUGCGUCCGCCUGUACCAGUAAAGAAGAGCUGCCUGUCACGUGACGACGCGCCGCCAGUACCUCCAGCACCGGCUGAGAAGCCGCGGCGCGUGCGCGUGGUGUCACAUUCGGACGGCCGCCGCGCCAGCCAGGACUGGCUAGACAACAUGCGUCGCGACUCACUGCAAGAUGUGCCAAUGUCACCAACAAAAACGAAAAAAGAUCAGGAAAAAGCUAAAAAGCUUGAAGAAGAAAGAAAGAAUGAAGAACACUUUGCUCAAAUAGUCGAUGAAGCUGAUAAAAAACUAAAGAAGGCUGAACAGGAAUUGAAUAAGUUGUACACCAAGAGCAAUGUUCCUGAUUUAGAUCCGGAUCAGGAAGAUGGCAUUCGGAAACAAAUUGGACAGAAGCUGGCACUUGUCAACGCUGCGGCAGCUAAGCUGGCCACUACCAGACAUCCCGAUGCCAUAGAUUACGUCUCAAGUGCACAGUCAGUUGAAGCUUUGUCUGAAUUAGUGCCAGACAUUGUUAAAGAUGCCGCACCAUUAUUGAAUACGCAAGAAGACAAAGUUAAAAGGAGGCUACUGGACCAAAUAUUGGCACUAUGUGAAGCCGCUAGAAGGUUAACAGCAGCAAGGCCGAGUGACACUCAGACAUCGAACGAGGCUGCAGUGGAGUUCGGUGAUAAGUCUGCCAUGCUUCUGUAUGCCAUUUGCACCGACGUGGAUCCAACUCAAGAGAAAGAUGUGAUAUCCCGCGCCCGUGUUAUCGGUGACAGCGCGUCGCGGCUGGCGGCGGGCGGCGCGCAGCUGGCGGCGGGCGGCGGCGCCGACCGCAUAUGUGCGGCCGGCAGCAGUGCGGCGCGGGCCGCCGCCGCACUCGUGUACACUGCUAAGCUCGUAGCUCCGUCGGUUCACGAUCAGCGAUGUCAGAACUCGCUCAUCACGUCUUCUCAUGAUCUGUCUUCUCGACUGAAAAGUUUCUCCGCUACUUGGACGCCUCUAUCUGCUGACCCCAAACAUUCUAAGAACAUAGCUGAAAUGACCGCAGAAGCCAACGACUUGGAAAAACUUCUAGAAGCUUUCCGGCAAGAUCUCGCCGCUGGGAAACUUGUGAAACGACGACAUGUCGAGAAAAUUGUCAUUGAAGAUACUGCCUUAAGGCAACUGGCCUCACAGAUUGUUAACGCCGCUCAGAUGAGAGCUGAAUGUUCAAGUUUGCCUGAUGACAAAAAGAAGAAUUUCAAUGAAUACGCCAACAAGCUGCGAGCCGCUAUCCGAGCUCUGGAUGUUGCAAACUCUAGGGCUAAGCGUAUGCCUAAUGAUUUAAACAAACGUCAAGAUUUAGAGAGCGCUGUACAAAAUUUACAAGUCACACUUCUUCAAUCGAGACCAGCUCUCGAGGACAAGCCGCAAAACAAUAUCAUCGAUUUAACGGACUUUGUGAAAGACGUCUCUUCGGAAGCUGAAAAGUUAUUGGGUGUUACAAAUAAGGCCAAAGUGUCUCAAAAUAAACCGGAAAUUGAGCAAAUCAAAACUGAAUGUCACAAAAUUAAUGUAGCCGCGUUCAGGAUCUUGAAUCCAGCUGAUCAGCCGGCCGGCGACGAUACCUCAUUUACUGACAUACUAGAAGUCGACCAUUUAGGACAGGAAUGUGAGGAUCGCGUCAACAAAAUUAAAUCUGCGAUUGAAAACUUGAAAGAAAAAGGCGUUCAAGAUGAUUUACGCACUAAUUCGUUACCUUUAAUUGAAAGUUGCAGUUUACUAAGGUUUGCAACAAAAAGCGCGUUAGCGACCACUCAGAGUGUCGCUCUCGAUGAAACAUUACAAGAUCUAAACGAUUUAGAAAAGCAGAUCGAUAAGAUGUUGAUCCCUACAGAAGGAGCUAUCAAUAUUGCAAAGAGAUGCGGAGGUAGCGCGGAGAUGUCUGCGGCGCGUAUGCGAGUGUGCGCGGCGGCGGGUGGCGUGGCGGCUGCGAGUGCCAAGCAAGCGCGCGCGCUGGCGCCCGCCGUAGCCGCCUACGUGGCGCAGCUGCGGGCGCGGGCCGACCUGCACAACGCCUCCAUCAGGAACAAAGUGAAGGAGCACGUGAGCAAGGUGAUAGAACUGGCGAAGAUCCUGACAGCGACCACCGGCUCGCGCGUCGCGAUGUGGCAGCCGCUACCCAGCGCUGACACUUGUAUACUUACUGAACAAAUCCUACAGGAACUUGAAAAUUCUCCUGUAGCAGAACAAACUAAAGUGGACAAACCACAUGUAAAACUAGUGAACGAUAAGGACCUCAACAGCCUUUUGAUCCCGGUAGACACCAAAAUUGAAGGGAACAAAAAGCAAAUCGAGGAACAAAUGGAGCGUUCUGCCACUGAUCUUCUGACUGCGUGUCGCAAUGUGGUUCUGACUGUCGGCCAGAAAAAUGCUCCCAGCGCACCCACUGCCGCUGCCGCCGCUGCUGCCGCAGCGCGGAGACUAGCUGCCACCGCCACAGCCGCCGCUGCACAUUCUAAUGACCCAAUGAAGAAGAAGCGUACGGAGGAAGCGUCACGAGAGAUGUGCUGGGCCACGUACGAGCUACUGAACGCGGCCGAGCUGGUGUACCGCGAGCCGGCGGACACACCCGUCCUCUGCUCACGGCUACAUACUGCGCUGCGACUGCUCGGCGACGGCAUCAAUAGGCUGACACGGUCGGCGACUUCAAGCAGCCUACUCCGCGUCGAGUGCUCGUCAAUAGAGCGUGCGCUGAGCACGCAGCUGCAGUUGACGCGGGCCGCGCCGCCUGCACACGCGCCGCCCUACGAGCACUGCCUGCAGGGGCUGCAGUCGCAACGAGACGUGCUGCAGAAACUUGAAAACAACGACCCCAUGGCUCGCGAAGAAUUCUGUAAGAUACUGAAUUACGCGACAGUUGCCGUUUGUAAUAGCACGGAAUACGCCGCACAGUGCAAAUAUCUAAUAUCUCUAUCAGAACAGCAUAAAGAUGUGGCUAUCCACGGGUUAGUGGAUGUGCCACGUUUGCAGAAACUGUCGUCCACCACGCAGGAGUCAUGUUUCAGAAUCAUGCACACUACAGAUGUGGAAAUGGCGAAAGAAGAAGAGAGUAAGGUGAACAAGUUGACAACAGAGUUACACCAAGCGAUAAAGGACGCGAGCGCGCAGGCGCGGGACAGCGGCGUGAAACGCGAGCUGACGGAGUGUGCCUUCAACGUGGACCGUGCCGCUAAGGCGCUCAGCGCCACGCUUACCGACACCAACACCGCUUGCAUGGAAAAAGUGAGCAGCUGUGCGAUGUCGCUGGUGGACAGCCUGUCGGCGCUGGGAGGUGUGCUGCAGCGGCCCGGCCUGCUGCCCACGCCCGCCGCCCUCGCAGCUGACACUCGUGCGCUCAUAGACGACGUCGACACCCACUCACAGAAAUUGAUCAACAAGAUGCAGACAUUGGUAAAACAAGUAAGCGGCGCGCCGGACGAUGACGGGCCCAUGACAUGGGUCACUUACAACACGCACCGCACCUCUGUGUUUGAAGCUUUCGACGCAUUGCUCAAGAGCCUCCGGCGAAAUGGAGAGCGAGCUGGACUUGUAAAGGCCGAAGAAACCGCAGAAGAGGAAUCCGAUGCACCCAAGAAAAGUUUCGUACAAUUACAGGAAGAGGAGGCGCGGCGCUGGCUGCAGCGGCGGCCGUCGCAGCGUGGCCUGCAGGAGCGCGGCCAGGCCGCCGCCAGGGAACUCAUCACCCUCGCUACCGAGUUGUCCGAAGAUAUGAAAGGCUCCGAAAAAGAUGAGAUGAACAGCCUUAUAAAGGAAUGUCAAGAAUUACUGGAUGUUUGUAGCAAGAAGUAUGACAACGACAAUGCGAGCUCGCUAAUGGAGAGCUUGCGGCAACUGCGUAAGGCGGUGGAGCGCGGCGUGGUGUCUCGCGUCGUGGAGGACUUCAUGCUCUGCGACCCCGUGCUCGACGAACACAUCGAUGCUGAGACAGAUGUAUCAAAACAAAAGUUCUUAUUGGAGAAGAAGAUAGCGGAAUUGAUGUCGUCCCUGUCCCGUGUGCCGCGCAUCGCCCGACUCGUGGCCCGCGCCGCGCCCGCCGCCGCCGAAUUGGAUGCGUGCCGCAACCAGACCGAGUUAAUAGUCCCGAAGUUAGUGAAAGCGGCACAAGAACGCAUCGCAUCUCCGCACGACAAAGCUGUGGUGGAGCGAUACAAGGCGCUACUGGCUCAGUACGCGGAGUCCAUGGCGCGGGUGCAGGAGCUAUGCGACCGCUCCGUCGACCCGCUCGACUUCGUGCAGACCGCUGGCGAGACGAUGUCGAGAAUGUUGGAAGAAACGAGUCACCUCAGUCAACGCAGCGAUCCGCAACUAUGCGCCUACACUUCCAGUGCCAUCACGAGGUUGGCGGGGCGCGUGAUCACGGCGAGCAUGUCGUCGGAGGUGGCGCGCGCCGACCCCGAGCUGCGCGCCGCGCUGGCCGACACGCAGCAGCGGCUGGCCGGCGCCGCCGCGCAGCCCGCCGCCGCCCGCUGGCGCGACGCCGGAGCUGAGAUAUUGCGCACCACGGGCGAAGUGGAGUCCGUGCUGGGCGGAGAGAACAUAUUCAAAAAGCAACCGGAGCCUGAUCAACCCAUAUACAACGCGGCGCUGAACCUGCACACGGCGGUUCGUGAGUGGUCGGCGCGCGACAACGAGAUUGUGGCCGUCGCCAAGCGCAUGGCCGUCCUCAUGGCUCGGCUCUCCGAACAGAUGAAUAAUGACAGAAAACGCGAAUUAAUCGCGACGUCCAAGGCGAUAGUGAAAGAGUCAUGCGAGGUCGCGGCGCUGGCCAAGAAGCUGGCGCUGGAGUGCAGCGACGUCAGGAUACGAACGAAUCUUCUGCAAGUAUGCGAGAGGAUUCCUACUAUAAGCGGCCAGUUGAAGAUGUUAACCACUGUCAAAGGUUCUGUUUUAGGAAAUCAAGGUGGCGAGGAAGAUAGAGAAGCUAUGAAUAUGCUCGUCACAAACGCCCAGAAUCUGAUGUCCAGCGUACAAGAAGUUGUGAAGGCGGCAGUGAGCGCGUCCGUCAAGAUUGCGUCGCAGCGCGGCCUCAAGUGGGUGCGCAAGCACUACUAGCUGUCCAAACCCAGCACGCGCCAAUAACCUACCAAAGACCCAUAGCAUUAUGCCUAUAAACAUUAUGCAUUAGCAAUAUGUUUACCUGUUAUAAUAUAAUUUCAUAAUAAUAUACUUUGGUCUUUGAUACAAAUGUCCUCUCUAUUUCUUUUGUCACGGAUUCAGUAAUAAGUAAGUAUAAGAGUAGUAAAUAAAAACAACAUCUUAUAA